UCAUUUUCCCAAAUAACAAAACCGGGAUUCUCUCAGACCGGUUUUAUAAGAAAAUUCCUAAAAAAGCCGAUUCGUACUUUUACUUCGGUUAGCCGGAGAUUUUGCAGCUCUUGAAGGAACCAAAAAAAAAAAAAAAAAAAGCAUGUGCGAUUGCAUUCGCUCAACCCCAAUUUCACUCUCCGUCACCCAAUUUCGACGGUCGCCGUUAAACAGAUUCAACCAGAAUUCCACAUACGGUUCGAAGCUAUCAAACGCCGCCAAUUCAAACUGCGCCGGAGCUAAAAACGACAGGUCGUUGCUUUUUUGCUCAAGAACGAGUAGGAACCCAGGCUUGUUUGGGUCGGAGGAUUAUGGGUUUCGGGCGGAAUUGGGAUUCAAAGAGAAGAAAGGUGAUAAUCAUUUCGAGUUCGAAACAAGUCGCGGCAAAACGAAGCAGAUUGGAAAAGAGGGUGAGGAUUCGAGGGGUUCGUUGGACUCGGAGUUUCUUCAAGUGAAACGCGGUGUUGGGGAUCAGAAAGAUAGUGGGAAGAGUAAAGAAAGCUUGGAGCAGGAGAAUUUGAUUCGGGUCGAGGGGAAGGAUGGUGAUGGUGAUGGUGAUGGUGAUGGUGAGGAGGGAUUGGUGAGAGAGAGUGGAAACGUGGGAUUGAAGAAAGGGAGGCAGGUGGUGAGGAGGUCGAGUAUGCUGGCGAAGCAAGUGAUCAGCAUUCGAAGUGCUCUGUGUUUGGGCUUCGUUUCUCAGCUUUGGGUGGAUACCAACUCUUGGAUGGUGAUGUUUGUAGAAGUAAGAUCAAACUUGCUUUCUGGGGAGUCGGAACGUUUUCUUUUGGAGGAUGUUAGCCAGGUUGGUGAUGUUGUGCUCGUUGAGGAUGAAUGUGUAAUUGACAAUGAAUUUAAAAUGGUUGGACUGGAAACUUUGGUAGGAUACAAAGUUGUGACGCCAGGUCGACGGAAUAUUGGCAAGGUGCGAGGAUAUACUUUUAACAUCAAUUCAGGGGCAAUCGAAUCACUUGAGCUCGAUUCAUUUGGAAUUUCCAUUAUCCCCUCAAGUUUGGUAAGUACCUAUGCCUUGCUUGUUGAAGAUGUGCUGGAAGUUGUGUCUGAUGUUGUCAUCGUGCAUGAAGCUGCAGCUUCACACAUACAGAGGCUGACCAAGGGUUUCUUGGACAACCAGAAUGCUGGGACUUCUAUAGAUGAUUUUGAAGAAGAAUAUUCUGACUUUGAAAGACCCAUAAGAUCUGCUCGGAGUAGAAGAGAUUCCAGGGGAAGGAAGUUUCGGCCAAGGAACAGGGAGACAGAUGAUGAUUGGGAGCUUCCAAUGGAUUACUUAUGAUCACCUUCUUUGCCAUUUUUGUUGUCUCCAUGUAAAUAUAGAUGUAUAGGUGAUUAUAGAUUCUCUUUGGGUGGUUCAGCUUCUCUCUAUUCUUUUCCCUAGCUAAAGAAUCUGUUCCUGUUGACCAAUUCCAUGAGAAAUUAUUUUGUAGUGGAAGCGGUUCAACCACAGCACUUCCAUUCACAAAAAAGUGGGUUUGUAUGUGGGAUUGGGAUUAUUCUGUUCAGAUGUUUAUCGUAUAAUAGCGUGUUCAUUUUGCU